AUGCUUGCCAAUUUGUUGCAGAACAAAGAGCUCGAAGUCGGUCUCUUCACAAUCCGUUAAUCCUCCAUGGAAUUCAUCUCGCACAAGAUGCAAUUUCUCUUAUGUCACCCUCUCUAAAACCCUGAAAAUCCAUAACCCCUAGUUCAUCACACAAUAUGCUUCCCACACAAAUUGGGAUACCUGAUAAAUUUGUAUUACCUGGGGCCUUUUCUUCCCAAUCCAGCAUUACCCUCCAUACCUCACUCCCUAUCAAAACCCCCCUUCGAAAUGAUUUUAAACGUAUUGAAAUCAGGAGAAAAAGACUAAAUUUUCCUCAUGCAUUCUUUCGAAAAUCCGAUUCGGUUCAGAAUAAUGAUAAUAGUGCACCACAGGAUGAUUUUGUAACUAGGGUUCUGAAGGAAAACCCUUGCCAGAUAGAGCCCAGAUAUAAAAUUGGUGAUAAAUUGUAUACACUGAAGGAGAAAGAGAAUUUGGGGAAGAAGAGUCAUGGUAGUAAUAGUGCUUCGGAGAUUCUCAAGAGUCUAAAUUCGAAAUGGUUGAGUAACAACAAAAGUGGAGAUAGGGUGGAUUAUUCACAGGAUGUGUAUUUGAAUGAUAUUCUGAGGAAAUCAAAGGGGAAACUUUAUGUUCCCGAACAGAUAUUCGUAGAGGAAUUAUCUGAAGAAGCCGAAUUCCGUAGGGAGUACGAGUUGUUGCCAAAAAUGAGCUUUGACAAUCUCCAGAAGUAUAUAGAGACCGAUAUGAUAAAGUUUUUGACUUUCAAAGAUGAAGGUGAGGUUGCUUAUGGACACAAGGAUCUUAUCGUGGAGCUGAAAGAGAUUCCGGGAGACAAGAAUUUACAGAGGACUAAGUGGUCGAUAAAGCUUGAUGAUAUUCAAGUACAAACUGUUCUAAAUGAGUAUAAUGGACCCAAAUAUGAGAUAGAGACACAAACGAUGACAUGGGUGGGAAAGCUCCCACAGUAUCCAAAUCCAGUCGCCUCAUCAAUAUCCAGCAGGGUAAUGGUGGAACUUGGUGCAGCGACAGCUGCAAUUGCUGCAGCUGCGGUGGUUGUUGGUGGCUUUUUAGCUUCAGCUGUAUUUGCAGCAACCGGUUUCGUGUAUGUAGGGACCACAUAUGUCAUAUGGCCCAUGGCAAAAUCACUACUUAGCGUUCCUUUAGAAGUUGUUGUCGGUGUUUUGGAAAGAAUGGGUGAUGUGAUAUUAGACAUGUUCUUCUAUGGCGGGAUUUCCUCAAAGUUGAAUGAAAUGUAUCGACUUGGGGUUUUUUCAUCUGCCUUUUCAAUAGCUAGACCCAUAUUGUUGGUAGGUUUAUUAAUGGUUGUUCUUGUUCGUUUCACUCUUUCUAGAAGGCCUAAGAAUUUCAGGAAAUGGGAUAUAUGGCAAGGAAUUGAAUUUUCACAGUCUAAACCACAAGCUCGAGUUGAUGGUUCAACUGGAGUUACAUUUAGCGAUGUGGCAGGUAUUGAAAUAGCAGUUGAAGAGCUCCAAGAGCUAGUCAAAUACUUGAAGAAUCCAGAACUAUUUGACAAGAUGGGGAUAAAACCACCUCAUGGUGUACUACUAGAGGGUCCUCCAGGAUGUGGCAAGACCCUUGUGGCUAAAGCUAUAGCUGGAGAAGCUGGUGUCCCAUUUUACCAAAUGGCUGGAUCAGAAUUUGUUGAAGUGUUAGUUGGUGUUGGAUCUGCUCGAAUUAGGGAUUUAUUCAAAAGAGCAAAAGUCAACAGACCAUCUGUUAUAUUUAUUGAUGAAAUUGAUGCAUUAGCUACAAGGCGUCAAGGGAUAUUUAGUGACAAAACAGAUGAUCUAUACAAUGCUGCUACACAAGAAAGGGAAACUACAUUGAACCAAUUGUUGAUAGAAUUGGAUGGAUUUGAUACAGGAAAAGGUGUUAUUUUUUUAGGUGCUACAAAUCGUAAGGAUUUGUUAGAUCCUGCACUUUUGAGGCCUGGUAGAUUUGAUCGAAAGAUAAGAAUUCGUCCUCCUAAUGCAAAAGGGCGAUUGGAAAUAUUGCAAGUGCAUGCACGCAAAGUGAAGUUGUCAGAAUCUGUUGAUUUAUCUGUUUUUGCCCAAAAUCUCCCUGGAUGGAGUGGUGCAAGAUUGGCUCAGCUCCUCCAAGAGGCUGCUCUUGUAGCUGUGAGAAACAAACAUGACUCAAUCCUUCAGUCAGAUGUUGGUGAAGCCGUGGACCGUUUGACCGUGGGCCCCAAACGAGUUGCAUUAGAUUUGGGUCAACAAGGUCAACGCCGUCGAGCCACAACUGAAGUGGGGACCGCUUUGACCUCCCAUCUUUUAAGAAGAUUUGAGAAUGCAAAUGUUGAGCCCUGUGAUCGCAUCUCAAUUCAUCCUCGUGGCCAGACACUAUCACAAGUUGUAUUCAAUCGACUCGAUGAUGAAAAGUAUUUAUUCGAACGUCGACCACAGUUGCUUCACCGACUUCAGGUCUUACUUGGUGGGAGAGCUGCUGAAGAGGUGAUUUUUGGAAGGGAUACAUCAAAGGCAUCAGUAGAGUACCUUGCAGAUGCAACGUGGCUCGCCCGUAAAAUUAUCACAAUAUGGAACAUGGAGAACCCGAUGGUUAUACAUGGGGAGCCACCUCCAUGGAGAAGGGAACCUAAAUUUGUGGGCCCACGUCUGGACUUUGAAGAUUCUUUAUAUGAACAUUAUGAUCUAAUUGAGCCAUCAAUUAAUUUCAAAAUGGAUGAUGAAAUUGCAAAAAGAACAGAAGAUUUGAUGUCCAACAUGUAUGGAAAAACCGUUGCUUUGCUCAGGCGCCACCAUACUGCUUUACUCAAAACCGUAAAGGUUCUUCUUUGUCAAAUGGAUAUGACAGGGGAUGAAAUUGAGUUAAUUCUUGAUGAAUACCCGCCAAAUACUCCAACAAGUCGGUUACUUGAGGAAGGUGAUCCAGGGAGCCUUUCAUUCUUUAAACAAAAGAAAGGAGAAGAUCUUGAGAUGGAGUAUAGCAUCUUGAGUCAAUGACACGUGUUCAUGGUUUCCCAAUACAAAAUUUGCGUUCAUAUUUUUCUUCAAAGGUUUUUUGGGAGAGAGGAUUUCGGGGUUUAGAUUGUUGUUGUAUAGAAAGUUUUGUUGAAAUCUUGGAAGAAUCGUUAGAAUGAUUGUUUGUACGUUGGUUCUAAUAAACACAAGAUUUUACUUUUUGUUGAAUUAGGUCAAAACUAUUUUCUGGGAAUUGUGUGUUUUAUAAGAUACUUGUUAUUGUUAAUGACCAAAUGAAUAUUAAUCUGUA